AUGCCCCGUGUCCCCGCGCGCCUGUCACCAGUGCCUCGUGCAGUGCCAACGGCGCUCGCUCCGCUUCCUGCUGACACCUCUCGAGGGUCGCCACCCGAAAGAGAGAAACAGAAAGAGAGAGCAAGAAAGAGAGAAAAAGAAAGAGAGAGGCGAGAGCAAAGGAGAGAAAUCACAUGCGUGAAGGACGCGAAAUGGGAAGAAAGAGUGAUAAAGCAAAUGGAGAAAGCAGAAGAGGAGAAGAGAAGGUAAGAAGAAACAGAGAAUUAUAACAAAUGCUGGACACUGAGAGAAAGAGAGAGGAUGGCAACGGUGAAAGAAAA